GCCGGAGCUGAGGCGGCUGCGCACGGCGGGGCCGCCAUGAGCGACGAGAGGCUGCGGGCGGUGCGCGACCGCGUCCGGCCCUUCCCGGACUUCCCGGAGCCCGGCGUGCUGUUCCGGUGCGGCCGGGGAUGGGCACCGGGAUGGGCACCGGGAUGGGGAUGGGGCCGGACCGGCGCGAUAUCAGCCCCUUGCUGAAGGAUCCUGUGGCGUUCAGGACUUUGAUUGAUCUUCUGGAGGAUCAUUUGAGGGCGUCUUUCCCCAAAAUCGACUUCAUUGCAGGCCUGGACUCCCGUGGGUUCCUCAUUGGGCCCCCUCUGGCACAGAGGUUGGGGAUCGGCUUCGUGCCCAUACGGAAAAAGGGGAAACUCCCUGGUCCCACCGAGUCCGUCUCCUACAGCCUGGAAUAUGGCAAGGCUGAACUGGAAAUCCAGAGCGACGCAGUGGAACCAGGACAGAAGGUGGUCAUUGUGGAUGACCUGCUGGCAACGGGAGGUACCAUGUGUGCUGCCUGUGAGCUGCUGAAGAGGCUGAAGGCCAAAAUCCUGGAGUGCCUGGUGAUCAUAGAGUUAAAAGCCCUGAAAGGGUCAGAAAAGCUCAAUUCCAUCCCUUUCUACUCCCUGCUGCAGUAUGACUGAGGAGGAGCGAGAACAGGGGAGCGCUGGGAACAAAUCUGGGGCUUCAUUCAGUGACUCUGGGUGUCACGAGGGGGUGGGCAAGGGGGUUAAACACAUAGUUUUGAGCAUGGCCAGAUGCUCCUCAAUCCUAAAUUUCCCAAACACUGAGUUGAGUGUAAGGAUCCCUUCUGGAGUUCAUCCUUUUGCAAAGAAGGAGCAGGCUGACUGGGGGGAUGGAGACCAAGGUGCAGCUUCACUGAAUCUGUGGUUUCUAGGAGACCAAAGUGACAACGUUGCUGCUGAGGCAGGAGAGCUCUGACAGGGCACCAGCAUUCCCUGAGCUGGGCCUGUCAGCCUCCAAGGAACCUGCUGAAAAAUUCCCAAAGAAACACAGGAGAUGGGCAAAGAGCAGUUAUUUCUUUAAGGGACAAAUCCUGCUGUAUUUGACCUCAGGGGAUGGUCCGGGUGCUCUGUGCUGUCACUCACACCAGAGGAAGCUGCUCCUACAUCAGGGCUGUGCUUGUCCAGGAGAACAAAGUGCCUGCUGUGUCCCUAAAGCAGGAUGGUGCUGGUGGGGAUGAGCUCAGUCGCUGUUUUCCUUCCCUGGACCCCCCAGGCACCUUUUGUUCCACACCAAUUCCCCAUCUCCUGCACCACAUCCCCCUCCCUGUGCUGCUGCUUUUCCUCUGCUCUGCUGUUUCAGGCCAUCAGGCUGCUGCCAGCUCAGAGCCUGCUCUUGGGGGGAGUUUGGGGUCGGGAGAGGCCACAGGAAAGGUGUUCAGUGGUCUCAGGUGUGUGAUGGAUGAUGGGGGCUUUGGAGAUGCUUCCUCCAGCAUGGUUCAGUGUGGUCACAGCCAAAUCCCUGUGUGCCGAAACUUCCACAAGCCUGAAAACAUCAGGGACUGUGUCCCUGGCCCAGCAGGGACUGGACUCACGGGUAAAAUAAAUAUUGACUGAUUUUUAUGUUUUCUAAA